GGAUGGUGAUGUCAGCGUGCCGGAGAGAAAGGACGAGGUGGCGGGGGGAGGCGGAGAGGAGGAGGAGGCGGAGGAGAGAGGGCGCGUGGGGGGCGGGGGGGACCUCGGCCCGCAGCAUCCGCUGGCCCGCACCUCGGACCCCCCCCAGCGGCGGGAGGCGCAGCCAGGGGGGGCCGGCCGCACCCGGGCUGGGCAGGGGGGGCUGCGCAGCCCCCCCGGGCCAUGCUGACUCCCGGGGCCUGACCCCCCCUCCCCCGCCCAGGGGGGGCCCAGCCCAGCCCCCUGGGGACCCCCGGAGAAGUGGGGGGCAGUCGGGGGGGCCGGAGCGGAGCGGUCGCCGGCCCCCACCGGAGGGACGGGGCGACCGGCCGCAGGGGGGGCCGGGGGACCAAGGGCACCAUGUCGUCUGGGGCCAAGGAGGGGGGCGGGGGCUCCCCUGCCUACCACCUCCCACACCCACACCCACACCCACCCCAGCAUGCCCAGUAUGUGGGCCCCUAUCGGCUGGAGAAGACGCUGGGCAAAGGACAGACAGGGCUGGUUAAACUUGGGGUCCACUGUAUCACGGGUCAGAAGGUUGCUAUCAAGAUUGUGAACCGGGAGAAGUUGUCAGAGUCCGUGCUAAUGAAGGUGGAGCGAGAGAUCGCCAUCCUGAAGCUCAUCGAACACCCGCACGUGCUCAAGCUCCAUGACGUCUACGAGAACAAGAAAUAUUUGUACCUGGUUCUGGAACACGUCUCUGGGGGAGAGCUCUUCGACUACCUGGUGAAGAAGGGAAGGCUGACACCCAAGGAGGCUCGCAAGUUCUUCCGGCAGAUCGUGUCAGCCCUGGACUUCUGCCACAGCUACUCCAUCUGCCACAGGGACCUGAAGCCCGAGAACCUGCUGCUGGACGAGAAGAACAACAUUCGCAUCGCGGACUUUGGCAUGGCCUCCCUGCAGGUGGGGGACAGUCUGCUGGAGACCAGCUGCGGGUCACCCCAUUAUGCGUGUCCCGAGGUGAUUAAGGGCGAGAAAUACGACGGCCGCCGGGCAGACAUGUGGAGCUGUGGGGUCAUCCUCUUCGCCCUGCUCGUGGGGGCGCUGCCCUUCGACGACGACAACCUGCGCCAGCUGCUGGAGAAGGUGAAGCGCGGCGUCUUCCACAUGCCCCACUUCAUCCCGCCGGACUGCCAGAGCCUCCUGAGGGGGAUGAUCGAGGUGGAGCCGGAGAAGAGGCUCAGUCUGGAGCAGAUUCAGAAACAUCCUUGGUACCUGGGCGGGAAACAUGAGCCGGACCCAUGCCUGGAGCCGGCCCCAGGCCGCCGGGUAGCCAUGCGGAGUCUGCCUUCCAACGGAGAACUGGACCCUGAUGUGCUGGAGAGCAUGGCUUCCCUGGGAUGCUUUAGGGACCGCGAGCGGCUGCACCGCGAGCUGCGCAGCGAAGAGGAGAACCAGGAAAAGAUGAUCUACUAUCUGCUUCUGGAUCGGAAGGAGCGGUAUCCCAGCUGUGAGGACCAGGACCUGCCUCCCCGGAAUGACAUUGACCCACCCCGGAAGCGUGUGGACUCUCCCAUGCUGAGCCGGCAUGGGAAACGACGGCCAGAACGCAAGUCCAUGGAGGUCCUGAGCAUCACGGACGCCGGGGGCGGUGGCUCCCCAGUGCCCACCCGGCGGGCCUUGGAGAUGGCCCAGCACAGCCAGAGAUCCCGGAGCGUCAGCGGUGCGUCCACUGGCCUGUCCUCCAGCCCUCUCAGCAGCCCAAGGAGUCCUGUCUUUUCCUUCUCGCCGGAGCCUGGGACUGGAGAUGAGGCCCGAGGUGGGGGCUCCCCGACUUCCAAAACACAGACGCUACCUUCUCGGGGUCCCAGGGGUGGGGGCGCUGGGGAGCAGCCCCCGCCCCCAAGCGCCCGCUCCACACCCCUGCCCGGCCCUCCAGGCUCCCCGCGCUCCUCAGGGGGCACCCCCUUGCACUCGCCUCUGCACACGCCCCGAGCCAGUCCGACCGGCACACCUGGGACAACCCCGCCGCCCAGCCCAGGCGGCGGCGUCGGGGGAGCCGCCUGGCGGAGUCGUCUCAACUCCAUCCGAAACAGCUUCCUGGGCUCCCCUCGCUUUCACCGGCGCAAGAUGCAGGUCCCCACCGCGGAGGAGAUGUCCAGCUUGACGCCAGAGUCCUCUCCGGAGCUGGCCAAGCGGUCCUGGUUUGGGAACUUCAUCUCGCUGGACAAAGAAGAGCAGAUCUUCCUCGUGCUCAAGGACAAGCCUCUCAGCAGCAUCAAAGCGGACAUUGUCCAUGCCUUCCUGUCGAUCCCCAGCCUGAGUCACAGCGUGCUCUCACAGACCAGCUUCAGGGCCGAGUACAAGGCCAGCGGCGGCCCCUCCGUCUUCCAGAAACCCGUCCGCUUCCAGGUGGACAUCAGUUCCUCCGAGGGCCCAGAGCCCUCCCCGCGGCGGGACAGCAGCAGUGGUGGAGGUGGCGGCAUCUACUCGGUCACAUUUACACUCAUCUCUGGCCCCAGCCGCCGGUUCAAGCGUGUGGUGGAGACCAUCCAGGCCCAGCUGCUGAGCACGCAUGACCAGCCCUCCGUGCAGGCCCUGGCAGAUGAGAAGAAUGGGGCUCAGACUCGGCCUGCCGGCACCCCACCCCGAAGCCUGCAGCCCCCACCCAGCCGCCCAGACCCAGAGCUGAGCAGCUCCCCCCGCCGAGGGCCCCCCAAGGACAAGAAGCUCCUGGCCACCAAUGGGACCCCUUUGCCCUGACCCCAGGGGGCUGGGGAAGGAGGGGAGCUCCCUCCACCCCCUUCCCUGCCCCCCAACUGUGAAUCUGUAAAUAAGGCCCAAGGAGUUAAGACGGGAGGGUGGGGACACACACUGUCCGACCUUGCCCUGCCGGGAUGAGCUCCAGGGCGGGGCCGUGCCCAGUGGGGGGAGGCUUGGGGGAACGGGCGGGGGAGUUGUUUCUAUUUUAUUUAUUGAUUAAUUUAUUAUUUUAUUUAUUGAUCUCUCAGUGGGGUGGGGUGGGGGAGGGACGGGAGCUGGUUGGGGCGGCUUAGCAGAUCCGGACAGGGCCCUCUGUCCCUGUCAUCCCCAACUCUCCCCUCCCUGGGCCCCUCGCCUCCCUUCCCCCACCCCGACAACCUUCUGUACGGAUUUGCUUUUCCGGAAGGAAUUCUGGUUUCGCGUGAUCCUGCCUGCGUCCGUGUCUCUGAUUCCACCGGCG